AUGUCAGCAGGGAUAGCAGGGGUUGUCCUGCCCCACUGCAGCCCCCACUGUGCCCCCCAGGAGUUCAUCCUGUCCUGCCUGACCCUGAACCCCGAGCGGCGCCCCAGCGCCCACAACCUGCUCUUCCACCGGGUGCUCUUCGAGGUUCACUCCCUGAAGCUGCUGGCGGCCCAUUGCUUCAUCAACCACCAGUAUCUGAUGCCAGAGAAUGUGGUGGAGGAGAAGAUAAAGGAGCUGGACCUGAACAUGGUGAUGGCCGAGAUCCGCAGGGAGGGGCGGCCCGGAGCCCAGUGGAGGUGA